GGGCAAUAAUAAGAAACAAUGACGGCAGGUCACGUUGAUUCACGACGUCAUGAACGAGAGAAUCGAAGCUCGUUAUUGAUUGAUCCUCGGCAUGCGUAGGUAAGAGAAAAGAGGAUUCAGGAACGUUUUCUCCGAGAACUGAAGAAAGCCUUCGCCUAAAGCUCUUCCACCUGCAUCAUACAACUUUGUAACUCCCCAGGCCAUUUCUUUUUCCUUGCAUCAAGUACCAAAAACAACAUCCAGCACUCACUUGCAGGACCAAUAUACCUUUCAGACCUUGCAACCUCGAGACGACCCCUGCUCUCAUCCUCGCACCAUGUCCUUCCUCAGCCGAAGCUUGACCCCUCUGCGGGCAUCUGGAAAAGCACUUCGACCUCAAUCCGUUGCAGCACUGCACACUUCUUCAGCACGUCAAGGUUUGAACGAGGAGAAUAUCCACCGCGACGACAGAGACAAGGAGAUCGACCAUCACAAGGCGGACAGUGUGGAAAAGGCAAAGACUGGCCGAGGAGAGUGGAAGCCCGAGUUGGGAAGCAACAGUGAACAAAACGUCAGGGGGGACAAGCACAACAUGACCAUGGAACAGAUGCAAAAGUUGGGUCAGGAGAAGGCCAACGAGGGCAAAAACCCCGCCGGAAGUGAUAGCUCCAAGGGUUCAAAGGUAUAGUUAUAGUUGGACCAGAAAAAGGACGAGGCAUUAUUCCCUCAGACCCCAGUGAGACUUCACGGUUUUUGUUAUGAUUACCUGAAUUGCGGUCACGGAUCCAGGGAGCUCAACACGAUCUUCAACAACGGCGCCAGACGUGAUUGUUUGCGCCCUGUAUAUAAGUGCAUAGCAAGAACAAAAGAGAAUCCAAAAUUUGGACAAGAAAAUUGCACAUGAUA